AACACAGCGAUCCUCGCAUCCCCACGGACUCUUCUUGGUGCUUCUGAGAGGUGUGGAGGGGAGUGAGUGAGCCAGCUCGCUCAGCUCGCUGCUGUGUGCUUCUCCCGUACGCAACUCCGGAACCGGAAACAGCGUGAAAACCCCCCCGUGUCGCCAUUUCGUCCGUGUGUGUGUGUCUUCUUGUGGAUGUUUUGUCAACAGUGUCGGAAUCCCGAGCGUUUUCUGGCAUCGUUCGGCGCUUCGUGGAACGCCAGCGAGCCUCGAAAUGGCAGGCCCAGGCAAUCGCACGUUUCUACGAUGGCGUUGAGGUGUGAUGGACAUCAAGGAUCUGGUUUUUCCGGACCCGCGCUUGGACACCAUGAAGGCAUGGACCGGAGGGUUAGGUCAGUUAGAAAGAUUCCUUGAGAGCAGCUGCGGCCGGAGCACCGAACCGGCGCCUUCCGACAUGUUCCCGGGUUUUCCGAGCUCCGGCUCAUCCCAGGCCAUGCCGGGAUCCGCCCCUUUGAACCCCGGCGCGGCUGCCAACCCCUGGUUCCACCAGUCGGCCUUCUCGAUGGCCGCCGACAUUCAUUCCGGGGCCUCGGGCACCUCCUCCUCUUCGAUGGCGGGGUCCCCUUACUGGCUUCCUCCGCACCAGUAUGCGCCUGCGCCCGCCGCCGACCCGCACCAGACGCGCUACGGCGCGGGAAACGACCUGUACUCCGCCUCUACCUCUGCAGCGGCCCCUUGGUGGUUUGGGCAUAACACGUCGACUGUGGCGAGCGGGCUUCACUCGUCACAGUACUUCCAGCAGCACGUGACGACCAGCGGCGACCCCAUGUCGAACCCUUUCCACACGCCGGCCUCCGCAACAUCGUCGAAGACCCCAGGCUACCUCCGGCACGGACUGGCGACCCAGCAACACCUACAACAGCAGCAGCAGCCCGCUGCGCCGUCCCCCGCCACUCAGCAGCAUCACCUUCAUCAGUCAUCGGUCCAGCAGCAGCAGCAGCAGGCAUACCAUCACCACUCACCGGCCACGUCGCAGCACGAGGCCAUGUCAUCCCCUGCCGCCACCACUCCCAUCCAAUCCAUCAUUCCGUCGAGCCAGCACCAGUCUAUGGGCAUCUCCGGCCAGCAUCAGCGCUCGCUGAUGUCGUCCUCCUCGUCGCAGCAGCUGGGUUCACCGACCUCGAUGAUGGGCCAGCAACACGACGGCAUGGGCGGCCAGACAAGUCGGUCCCAUCAGCAGCAGCAGCAUCAGCAACAGCAGCACCAUCAACAGCAACAGCAACACCAACAACACCAGCAGCAUCAACAACAUCAACACCAACAGCACCAACAACAACAGCAGCAUCACCAGCAUCACCAAAUUCAAAGGCCCGUGGUGCCCAGGGCGCAGCAGCAGACGCAGCAGCAGAAGGCAAGUUAUGGCAGCAUGACACAGCAGCACGUUCAGUCCGCGCCGGCGCAGCAGCGCGUCAACCACCAGAGCAUGAUGGCGCCGAUAUCGUCAAGCUCUCAAAUGAUGGCGCCGCCGCAGUCACACCCGCACAACAGCAUAGCCUCCGGCGGUCUGGACACCAACAUCCAGCCGAUCUUCGAGCUUUACGGACACGACCCGCUCGCCUCGGUCCAGGGGGGCCAGCAAUUUCACCACCAACUGCCGAGGUUCGACGUGCCUGCGGCGAGCUCCGCGAGCGGGCAGGGCUUUGCGCAGCUGCAGUCACAGACGACCUGGAUACCCCCCGAAGCUCUCAGCGGUGCCGACACGUCGAAGUCCAAGUGGGCCAAGCCCGAGGCCGGUGCCGACGCGGCGACCGAGAACGACGCCAAAGAGGGUGCGGCCAAGCCCGACGCGGCGGCUGGCUCGCCCACCAAGAAGGGCAAGGGGAGGCGGAAAAAGGAGGAAAGCUCGAAGAAGAAGCAGAAAGAAGACCUCCUCGCCGACGCCAAGAAAGGGUUCCAGAGAAAAAACAUCCGAGACAUCAAAAACGAGUCGGACCUGGAUGAGGUCACGCUGAAUGCUCAGAAGGAGGAGCAGGAGCGCAUGAAGCGUCUCCAGGAGGCACGGCUUCGAGCACUCCAGAGCCAGGGAAUAGCUCCGGGCCCCGCCGCACACUCCGCGAUUGGCCCGAUUGCCCUGGAAAGCAGCAGCAGCAGCGACGACGACGAUGACAGCACGUCGCAGUCCGAGGACGAGGCAAUACCAGCCGCCGUACCACGGAGGACAGGUGGAGACGUGAUUGAUAUCUCAUCGUCAGACGAAGCUAAGAUCCCCGAGGAAGAGGACGACGACGUCGUGAUGGUGGUGAGCGACGGAGAAGACGGGGACGACGAAAAGGGCGAUGACCUGAACGACGGGGCUCACAUCAACGACGCGGUCAACCAACCGGAUUCUAUGGGUCGCGUCCUGGUCAACGUGGGCCAUCCGCCCGAAGACUCGGACGUCUUCUUAGCGCCGCAGUUGGCGCCCAUUGUCAAGCCUCAUCAGAUCGGUGGCAUUCGGUUCUUGUUCGACAACGUGGUGGAGAGCGUGGGCCGCUUCGACACGUCGAGCGGCUUCGGCUGCAUUCUGGCUCACAGCAUGGGCCUGGGCAAGACCAUCCAGGUCAUCUCCUUUGUGGACGUCCUGCUGCGGCACACGGCAGCACGCAAGGUCCUCUGCAUCACCCCCAUCAACACAAUCCAGAACUGGCUCGCGGAAUUCGACAAGUGGGUGCCGGCGCCCGAAGCUGUUCCGCAGAACCUGGUGGAUUCGGGCCAAGUGAGGCCCCGCUCGUACCACGUCUACCUCCUCAACGACAUGUACCGCUCUACUCCGGCCAGGGCCGAGUUGAUCUUGGACUGGCACAAGAAGGGUGGUGUCCUGCUGAUGGGCUAUGAGAUGUACCGGAUGUUGGCGCUUAAGAAGGUGGUACGUCCUAGCAAGCGCCGGAGAAGUCCUAAGAAAGAGGACCUCUCUGUGCCGGAGGACGAAUCUCGCCACUCGCAGCUCCUGGACGACAUCUACCAGGCCAUUGUGAACCCGGGUCCCGACCUCGUCAUCUGCGACGAAGGGCACCGCAUCAAGAACUGCAAUGCAAGCACUUCCACUGCACUCAAGAGCAUACGAACUAAGCGGCGCAUCGUGCUGACGGGCUACCCAUUGCAAAACAACCUGCUCGAGUACUGGUGCAUGGUGGACUUUGUGCGGCCCUCGUACCUGGGCACGCGCUCUGAGUUCUGCAACAUGUUUGAGCGGCCCAUCCAGAACGGACAGUGCCUGGACAGCACGCCCAAGGACCGGCAGCUCAUGCGCUUCCGCGCGCACGUCCUGCACAGCCUGCUGCAGGGAUUUGUACAGAGGCGAGGCCAUGCGGUGCUCCGGGACGCCCUUCCCCGCAAGGAGGAGCACGUGCUGCUCAUUCGGAUGACGCCCAUCCAGCGGACGCUGUACCGGGAGUUUGUCAAGGAGUUUCUUCACAACUACAGGGUCACCAACCCUCUCAAGUUCUUUGCGGUCUGCUGCAAGGUGUGGAACCACCCCGACAUCCUGUUCCACCUGGUGCAAGAUAAGAAGAACGAGGUGGGCCUAGACAUCGACUUGGACAUCGACUUGAUAGGCCCCACGGUCAAGGAGACACACGCCAAGAAGCACCACCAUCACCAUCACCACCACCACCACACCAACUCAGCAGGCCUGAGUGAAGUGCUCGGAAGGCCUGGGCGUGGAGAAGCUACAGACGCUGAUGCCAGAGAUCAUCUCAACCGCCGAACGGACAGACAUAGCACCGCACGUCAAGGCCGGCUAUGUCAUGAUGUUCAUUUACAUGCCAGGUGUCUUCCAGAGGAGUUCACUCCCUACAUCUCGCAGAUCAUCAACCCCAUUCUCAAGGCACUAGCAGAUGAGAACGAGUAUGUGCGAGAGACGGCACUGAGGGCUGGCCAGCGCAUGGUGAACAUGUAUGCAGACACGGCCAUGACCCUGCUGCUGCCUCAGCUGGAGAAGGGGCUCUUUGACGACAACUGGCGCAUCCGGUACUCUUCUGUACAGCUCUUGGGUGACCUCCUUUACAAGAUCUCAGGUGUGACUGGAAAGAUGACUACCGAAACUGCCCACGAGGAUGACAACUUUGGCACAGAACAGUCACAUAAGGCCAUCAUGAUAGCCCUGGGCGAGGAGCGUCGCAACCGGGUGCUGGCCGGCCUGUACAUGGGCCGCCUGGACACCUCGCUGAUGGUGCGCCAGGCCUCCCUGCACGUGUGGAAAGUGGUGGUGACCAACACGCCCCGCACCCUGCGUGAGAUCCUGCCCACCCUGUUCUCCCUGCUGCUGGGAUUCCUGGCCAGCAGCAGCUAUGACAAGCAGCAGGUGGCAGCGCGCACCUUGGGCGACCUGGUGCGCAAGCUGGGUGAGCGGGUGCUGCCUGAAAUUGUGCCCAUCCUGGAGCAAGGCCUGGACUCAGACCUGCCCGACCAGCGCCAGGGUGUGUGCGUGGGACUGAGCGAAAUCCUGGCCUCGACAUCGCGUGACAUGGUGCUUACCUUCCUCGACAGCCUCGUGCCCACCGUCAGGAGAGCCUUGUGUGAUCCCCUGAAGGAGGUGCGCGUAGCCGCAGCGAAGACCUUUGACAACCUGCACUCGACUGUCGGCUCCAGGGCUCUGGAUGACAUUCUGUCCCCAUUGCUUAUGCAGCUGGGCCACGGUGACUCCGAACUGGCCGAGAACACGUUGGACGGCCUGCGGCAAGUGAUGGCCAUCAAGAGCAGAGUUGUGCUGCCCUACUUGAUACCACAGGUGAAGGGACACUGCUUUCCAUCACUUUACUUCAGGCUUCGUGGAGGACCCCCUGGAUACAGCCCCCCGGCCCCGUCUAGGAGUUCGCCCAGAUCGACCGCCCGGGCUCCACAGCGUUUCGCCGUGGGUGCCAGGGCUCGGCCCUGGCUUCUGAUGGCCUUUGCCGCACCUCCGCCCAAGGCGCACUGUUUCAUCCUCAAUGCGCCUGAGGGCAGCACUGUUGAUGACGUCAUCGACGCGCUUGAAGCAGUGACCGGACCUGCCGGUAUCAAGUCCCUCCAGCAUAUGGGAGGAGUAAAGUUUAGCGCUGCCGCCUCAAGUGAGAACGCAGCCACGAAACUGAAGAGCCGGGGCGCUAUUCUACUGAAUGGCGAAUCGGUGCCCCUUGUCAGCAUUGGUCCCGAAAUUGUCCACGUGUCAGUCUUCCGAGUGCCACUGUGGGUCGGAGACGCAGCCCUUGCGUCAGCGCUCUCGGCCUACGGGAACGUACAACAAGUCCAUGAGCCAGCCUUCAAGGGACGCCCGGGAGUGGGUACAGGCAUCCGAGUGGCUCGUGUGGAGAUGAAGAAGCCCAUUCCGAAUUUCCUGUCCGUCCAAGGCCACACGGUAAUGUGCGAUUACCGGGGCGUGAAAAAGGUGUGCUCAAGGUGCCGCCUGGCUGGACACAUCGGGAAAGACUGCGCUACCCCUAGGUGCACACGGUGCGGCGUCUUUGGCCACACCACGGAUGGAUGUACGGAGCCCUGCCGUAGGUGCGGGGGGAACCACGCCACCGUUGACUGCGUCCGUCCGAGGUCCUUCGCAGCGGCGGCGGCAGGAGAGCAGGAAGGCAUAGACUCCUUGUCAACACCAAUGGGCUCCCACGGGGAACAGGCACCUUUGGAGGAGGCCAGCAAUGAAGCCGUGGCAUCAGAUGCCGAAUCGCAGGGGGACAUCGCAGAUCUUCCUCACCAUUCGGGGGCGAAGUCAACAGCACACCAGACUCAGCGCGAGACAGAAGAGGAUACAUCGUCGGAGACAUGUGGGGACCUCAGCUCUCCGAGACCCGGGGCCACGGCUGCACUUCCCAGCGGGGGACACGAGGACACCAGCUCCGACGCUGGGAGUUCUACAGGUAGCGCUGAUGCACCACGGUCAUCCAUGGGACGUGGCACAAGAGCAGCGACACGGACUGACGCCCCCUUCACCGGCCUAGAGAAGAUCAACUCCCGAGCGGGCGGACUCACUGCCCAGACCCGUAGGAUGAACCUCUCGAACCCUCUUCACAAAAUCACGGGCCCUGUCGCCGCAGCGAGUUCCGGAGACUGCGCCAUGGACGUCGAGAGACAGGCCGUGAAGCGCGUCCACCCAUCGUCAACGGAUUCUGAAGGCGUAUUAGAGAGUAAGCCACAAAAACUUUCUAACGCUCUGGCGCAGUCAGAGCAUACACCCCCGUAG